AUGAAAGAAAAUUGUGACUGUACUUGUAAAAUUUAUUUAAAAAAUAAAAAGAAGGAAGAAAAAAUUAAAAGUGGAGAAAAUGAAGAAGAAGGUGGUAGUAGUGAAGAAGAAACAAGUAGUGAAGGGGAAAAUAGUGAAGAAGAAAGUAGUUUAGAAGAGGCGAAAGAGAGUGAAGACGAUAAAGAUAUAAUUAAGAAAACUGAAUGUAGCGAUAAAAGCUUUCGAUGUGAACGUUGGGCCAAACGCGGAUUUUGUGAAAAUCGUCUAUUUAAUAAUGACUUAAAGAAACGUAUUUGUGCUAAUUCAUGCAAUCUUUGUUAA